AUGACCUCCAUUUCCAGCAGCGUUGAGACUCUGCGAUCUGAACUGGAGAGAGACAAAGGGGUGCAUCGUGCAGAGAAAGACAAACUCCAGGCUGAGCUCAGGUGGAGAAGCGCCCAGCUCUAUGCAGUGGACGUGACUCUGGAUCCAGACACGGCUCAUCCCAGACUCGUCCUGUCUGAGAAUCGGAAAUGUGUGAGACUCGGAGACACACGCCAGUAUCUGCCCGACAACACUGAGAGAUUUGAUUAUUGUCCCUGUGUCCUGGGCACUGAGGGGUUCGCGGGCGGGAGGCAUUAUUGGGAGGUGGAGGUGGGAGACAAGACAGGCUGGGACAUGGGGGUUUGUAGGGAAUCUGUGAGGAGGAAGGGGGAGGUCAGACCCACACCUGGGAAUGGAUUCUUGGCCUUGUGGCUGUGGGAUGGGGAAUACGAGGCCUUCACCUCCCCCGCGACUCCCCUCCCCGUGAGGGUCAGGCCCAGCCGGGUGGGGAUUUUCCUGGACUAUGAGGCGGGCGAGGUCUCGUUUUACAAUGUGACUGACAGGUCCCAUCUCUUCACUUUCACGGGCACCUUCUCCGGGAAGCUCCGCCCUUAUUUCUGUCCUGGUCUCAGCGCAGGGGGUACAAACGCGGCUCCCCUGAUAAUCUGCCCGGUCCCAGCUCACUACAUAUAA